CUUCCUCCUCUCCUCUUUGCUUGUUUGGACCUUAGACCGUCUACAGUAUUGCAGGAUGGAGGAAGAGAGGUAAAUGGGCAAAUAUCAACUUAACUAAGGAGGCAAAACAUGCCAGUGAUCAAUAUUGAAGAUCUGACGGAAAAGGACAAAUUGAAGAUGGAAGUUGAUCAGCUCAAGAAAGAACUGGCACUAGAAAGAAUGCUGGUAUCUAAAUGUUGUGAAGAAGUAAGAGAUUAUGUUGAAGAAAGAUCUGGGGAAGAUCCACUCGUAAAAGGUAUUCCAGAGGAACAAAACCCCUUCAAGGAGCUUAAAGGAGGCUGCAUGAUUUCAUAAAUAAAGUCCUUGGGAUAGCUUGAAUUGUGAUGAUAAUACAAAUUGUUCUCAU